AACUUUCUUCGCAAGUUUUCAAUUCGUCUUACUCGGAAUUUGUAGCAAGGCGCGGUGCCUCCUUUUCUUCUUCUUCUUCUUUUUUAUUCCGUUUAACUUGAGAACGCAGGAUACCCCGCAUAGUUAGACCGCGAUCAUGACUGCCGAAGCAGCAAGCGUGUACCCCUCCCUCGAAAACCGUCCUAUCAAAAACACAAUUUGCCUGUUCGACGUCGAUGGUACACUGACCCCAGCGAGGCUGGGCGCCUCGCCCGAAAUGCUUCAAUUGCUGUCGCAGCUCCGGCACAAGUGUGCGAUUGGCUAUGUCGGUGGCUCGGAUCUAGCCAAGCAACAAGAACAGCUCGGCUCCCAGACCACGUCGGUGACAUCCCUCUUCGAUUUUUGCUUCGCCGAGAAUGGCCUGGUCGCGUUCAGAAUGGGCCAGCCCCUGAAGAGUAAUAGCUUCAUCCAGUGGCUCGGAGAGGAGAAAUAUCAGAAGCUGGUGGAUUUUUGCCUGAAGUACAUCGCGGAUCUGAGGUUACCCAAGAAGAGAGGCACAUUCGUGGAGUUCCGAAAUGGUAUGGUGAACGUCAGCCCGAUUGGACGCAAUGCAAGCACGCAGGAGAGAUUGGACUUUCAAGAGUAUGACAAGGUGCAUAACAUCCGAAAGACCAUGGUGGAGGCGUUGAAAAAGGAAUUCCCCGACUAUGGACUUACAUACUCCAUCGGCGGACAAAUCUCCUUCGACGUCUUCCCGAACGGCUGGGACAAGACGUACUGCCUCCAACACGUCGAAGCCGAAAAGAACAUCUCUGGCGUUGAGUUCUCUACCAUCCACUUCUUCGGCGACAAGGCCUUUGAGGGCGGGAAUGACUGGGAGAUCUACAUUGAUAAACGUACCACGGGCCAUGCCGUUAACACCCCAGAGGACACAAUGAAGUUACUGAGGGAUAUGUUCGAUUUGAAUUAA